AUUUCUUGGCUUCUGCCCAGUUAUCUGCAACAUGCACUCAAAUGGCUCAGUAAUAAUGAUACUGAUACAUAGAGAAUGAGGAGCAAAUGUGACUUUCAGGAUGAAGGAUAUGAGAGAGUUCUUUGUGUUUCAAAAGAUUUCAAAAUAAAAUAUUUUAAAAAUAAAAAUAAAGCAUAGACUUUGGAAAACGGGUAGUUAGAACCUAGUCAGACAACUUACAAGCUGUGUGACCUUGGGCAAAUUUUUUCAACUCUCUGAGCCUCUAUGUUCUUAUCUAGAAAAGAAGGCUUAUGACCUCUGCCCACCCAGCCUACCUCUAGGUGUUACAGCAGAAGUCAGAUAAAGGCAGGGAAGGGCCCUUAAUGCGCAGGUGUGAUAAGCAACUUUCUCCAGAGAAACUGAACAGUGAAAAUGAACACAUAAAGGGAAACCUCAUUUUAAGUGGAGUCAGGAGACCAGAAGGGGGCGCUCUCACACACCUCAAGUACCACCGUAAUUCAGUCAUAGGAAAGACAGUCUUUCAACAGACCCCAACAAGAAGCAUCAACAGGAAAAAACUGCCGAUGACAGGCCUGGACAGGAAAGAUGUACAUUGCACCUCUUGGAGGAAACCGACUACCCCAGCAACUAAGCCAGUCACCUGUCAUCAGCCUGAAUUCUUGCUUUUCUCCAAUGGACUCUCAUUCAAAACAACCCCUCCCAACUUCCUCCUUUUUCUCUAUAAAGUAAUGUUCCUCUUCUUUGUUUGUUGGACUUGCCUAUGGCUUUUGCUAUAGCCUGCUUGUCCCAAAUUGAAAUUCUCUGCUGUUCCCGAAUAAAGCCAUUUUACUGGUAAAAUAACUGGCUGUUUUACUUUUGAGGUUAACAGAACUAUAGGUUUUAUAGAUCUAGAUUUAGAGAAAGAUUUGUUUUAAGGAAUCGGCUUGUGCCAUUGCAGGGGCCAGCAAGUCCAAUUUCUGCAGGGUAGGCUGGCCGGCUGGAAACCCAGGGAAGCAUCUGCUGGUAGAGUUCCCUCUUCCUUGGGGGAGAUCAGGCCUUUUUCUUUUUUCUUUUUUUUUUAAUUGAUAUUUUUGGCUGCAUUGGGUCCUUGUUGCUGCUCGCAGUCUUUCUCUAGUUGCGGCGAGCAGGGGCUAUUCUUCGUUGUGGUGCACGGGGUUCUCAUUGUGGUGGCUCCUCUUGUUGCGGAACACAGGCUCUAGGCGCACAGGCUCAGUAGUUGCAGCAUGCAGGCUCAGUAGUUGCAGCACGCAGGCUCUAGAGCGCAGGCUCAGUAGUGUGGCGCAUGGGCUUAGUUGCUCCGCAGCAUGUGGGAUCUUCUCGGACCAGGGCUCGAACCCGUGUCCCCUGUAUUGGCAGGCGGAUUCUUAACCACUGUGCCACCAAGGAAGUCCCCAGGCUUUUUUCUAUUCAUGUCUUCACCUGAUUGGAUGAGGCCCACCCUCAUUAUAGAGAGUAAUCUGCUUUCCUUGAAGUUUACUGAUUUAAAUGUUGAUCUCAUCUCAAAAAUACCUUCAAAAAAAGAUCUAGAAGACUGUUUGACCAAAUAUCUGAAUACCAUGGUCCUAGCCAAGUUGAUACAAAAUUAAUCAUCACAACAGAGAAGGGGGUCUGCUUCUGUCCCACCUUGGAGAUGUUUGCCUUCUGUGUUACAGAGGAAGCCAGUGGGAGCUGCCUGGGAGUUUCAUUUUCAUGGUCCUGGACACAAGAGUUGCACGUCUGUCUCCCCUCUGGCCUGCGUGCUCCUGGGCCUGUUUUCCUUCCUUGCUGGGUGGGCUCUGCCAUUAGCUGUCAUCUCAGCAGCCAGCCAGAGCAAUGGGAAACUGGGAGUCCCAUCUCUACGAACGGCCUGCCCAGAAACUGGGUGAGUUUACCCAGGACAACCUGAGGCCCUUUGAAGACUGUCAGAAACAGAUCGACCAGACCGUGGACACCAUCUGUGCAGUCCUGCAGGAAGCUGAGCAGUUCCCCCUGGUGACCGGCGUGGCCAAAAGUGGCUCCUAUGGCCGGAGAACGGUCUUGAGGGGCAACUCCGAUGGUACCCUCGUCAUCUUCAUCGGUGGCCUUGAAAAAUUCCAGGAUCAGAAAAAAAGCCAACAUGACUUCCUCAGCAAAAUCUGGGCACAGUUGAAACGCUGUGAGCUCACGAUGAAGCUGGCAGCCAAGAUGGAGAUCCAGAGCAUCUGUGGCAAGCUCACCAUCCAGCUGUCCACAGAACAGCAGAGCAUCACUUUUGAGAUGCUGCCCGCCUUCAACGCUCUGGGCUUAAGUGAGAAGCCCAGCCUCUGCACCUAUCGAGAGCUCAAAAGAUCCUUGGAUAUGGUGAAAGCCAGCCCCGGUUAGUUCUCGAUCUGCUUCACUGAACUCCAGGAGAAGUUUUUUAGCAACCAUCCCAGCAAGCUGAAGGAUUUGAUCCUCUUGGUAAAGUACUGGUGUCAAAAGUGCCAGGAAAAGCUGAAGGAUUCAUCCCUGCUGCCCCUGUAUGCUCUGGAGCUGCUUACGGUCUAUGCCUGGGAACAGGGGUGUGGAGCAGAAGACUUUGACAUAAGAGGCAUCAGGACUGUUCUGGAGCUUAUCAGGAAGCAGGAGCAGCUAUGUGUCUACUGGACAGUCAACUACAACUUUGAGGAUAAGACUGUCCGCAACAUCCUGCUGGGCCACCUCCGAUCCCCGAGGCCAGUAAUCUUGGAUCCAACUGACCCAACCAGUAAUGUGAGCGAAGAUAACACCUGCUGGCAGCUGCUAAAACAAGAAGCUCAAACCGGGUUAUCUUCUCUCAGGCUGAACGAGUCACCUGGACUGUCCUGGAAUGUUCUGCCUGCGCCGCUCUACAUGACCCCAGGCCAUCUUCUAGACAAGUUCAUCAAGGACCUUCUCCAGCCCAACAGGACUUUCCUAGAUCAGAUCAAGAAAGCUGUUGACAUCAUCUGUAAGUUUCUUAAAGAAAAUUGCUUUCGACAUUCAACUACAAAGUGUCAGAAGAUUGUCAAGGGGUCAACCGCCAAAGGCACGGCUCUGAAGAGCGGCUCCGAUGCCGACCUUGUUGUGUUCGCGGACCCGCUGAAAAGCUACACCUCCCAGAAAAACGACAGAUGCAACAUCAUCAAGGAAAUCCAUAAGCAACCGGAAGCCUGUCAGCAGGAGAAGGAUUUUGAAGUGAAGUUUGAGAUUUCAAAAUGGAAGGCUCCCCUGCUGAGCUUAACUCUGAAAUCCAAAGUCCUCAACGAAAGUGUUGACUUUGAUGUGCUGCCUGCAUUUAAUGCCCUAGGUGAACUGAAGUCUGACUCUACACCCAGCCCCAGGAUCUAUGCUGACCUCAUCUAUUUGCAUAAAUCCUCAGACGGCCUGGGGAGAGAAUUUUCUACCUGUUUCAUGGAGCUACAGUGCAAUUUCGUUUGCUCCCGACACACCAAACUGAAGGAUUUGAUUUGCCACUGGUACAAAUGGUGUGGAAGCAAACUGAAGCAAAAGGGGUCUCUGCCCCCCAAAUAUGCCUUGGACCUGCUUACCAUCUACGCCUGGGAGCAGGGGAGCGGGGCGCAGGAUUUUGACACGGCUGAAGGUUUCCGGACGGUCCUGGAGUUGGUCACAAACUAGCAGCAUCUCUGUGUCUUGUGGAUGGUAAACUACAACUUUGAUGAUGAGAUUGUGAGGAGCUUCCUCCCGACCCAGAUCCAGAGAACCGGGCCUGUGAUCUCGGACCCAGCCGAUCCUACUGGCGACGCGGGUGGAGGGGACCGUUGGUGUUGGCAUCUUCUAGCAGAAGAAGCUACUGAACGGCUGUUGUCUCUCUGUUUCCGAGACGGGUCGGGUUGUCCCAUACAAUCGUGGAACGUGCCAGUAGGAAUCAUCUAAAGGAAGUGUCAUCUGGAGAUUACCUUGGGACAGGCCGAAAUCAAAGUGCUUCCCUGCUAUGGCAACUUGGGAUUCACUCGGCCACAAAUAACAGAUAACCCAACUCAGGAGCCUAAACGACUGGGUUUUUUCUUCCCAUAACAAGAAAUCCUAAGGCAGGCGACCUAGGACUCGCACAACAGCUCCACUGGACUUUCCCCAGGAGCAGAUCACCUCCACCGUGGCACUUGGUACUGGGGGCUGGAUAGCUCUUCGUGGUAGGGGCCGUCUUGGGCAGUGUUACGUCUCUACCCACCAGAUGCAGUAGCACCACCCCCGAGGGCAACAGCCAAAAAUGCCUCCAGACGCGACCGAGGGUCCCCUGGGGCACACUCAUGCCCAGCUCUUCCUGGCUCCGCCCUCUUUAGCCGUUCAUUUGAGUCUUCAUGGCACUGAGAGUGGCUAGUGCACCUCCAGGUGGCGGGUCCAUGGUGAGGUUGGAGGAACAGAAAGGGGGAGGAUACCCACCCAGGUAUCUUAUUAGAAGCUUCAUCCAGCAAACUCUCUUACAUUUCAAGCUGCAGCUACCUGUAACCGAAAAGUGGCUCCAGAAAGGAGGCUGAGAGUUGGGCCAGCCAGCCAAGAGUGCCUGCCACCCCUGUCCAAAGCUCCACCGCCAACCAAGAUACCUGCCACCAGGUAUACUUGGUUCCCCCAUCAGGUUCUCUGUCAACAAGUACCCAAAACUGUCCCUGGUAGUAGUCACCUUCUCAGAUACACUUCCUUCUUUCUUUUUGGUUUUUUUUUCUGUCUCUUUUAACCAAUGGUUCUAACUGCUUGGAUAUGUAUUAUUCUCGCACGUAUAUUUCUUUCUUUCUGGACAGUGCAGUCACCAGGAAGUUGGGGAGCAGGGAUACAUUCUAUUGUCAGUGAGAUGCACUUAUUCAGAAGGUGUAGAUUCCUGGAAUAAUAAUGCUGGAAGAAACUUCUAGAGACCACCAGGCAACUGCUUUUUUUUUUUUUUAUGGUUAAUAAACUACAAAAUUUACAAACCCAA